UGGCGGAACAACAGGCAGCAGGAUGGCCCGGCCGUCCGUCCACCCACCCACCGAGGCCACAUGGAACAAUAACCCGAGCUCGCAGCCCCAAAGAGGGCGAGGAGGAGCCUGACCUCGGUGUCACCACUGAGGAUGAAUAUUGUGACCCUCAACUGAUGUUUGAUUAUGACGUGGCUGUACGGGCGGGCUACGACUUGGACUUAGUUGGGAACCUCCGUGCUGUUCAGAGCCUAAGAGCCCUGGAGGAGGGCACCAGUCGCCGAGUGUCUUCUCAUUUGCCUGGAAUCCAGCAGAACAUCCAGGCGCUCAAGAGGAAGACAGUGAUCAUUUGGAUGUUCCAGGUAUGUGAGGAACAGAAAUGUGAGGAGGAGGUGUUCCCGCUUGCGGUCCACUACCUGGACUCUUACCUGAGCCGCCAUGCUGUGCGAGACUCUAUGCUGCAGCUUUUAGGGGUCGUCGCCAUGUUGCUGGCCUCCAAGAUGAGAGAGAUGGUUCCUCUGACAGCCAGCAAGCUCUGCAUCUACACCAACUUCUCUAUUUCAUUGACAGAAAUCCUGCAGUUCGAGGUGUCAGUGGUGUCCAGGUUAGACUGGGGUCUGGCCUCUGUGCUCCCCUCUGACUUCCUGGAGCCAAUUCUUCACGCGCUCUCCUUUCUCCAAGCCCAGCACCUUCCCAACGUGCGACGACAUGUUCACUCCUACGUCGCACUGGCAACCAUCGAGUUGAAGUCUUUUGAAUUUUUGCCCUCCACCCUUGCUUGUGCCUGUGUGAGCACCGCAAUGCAGAGGCUCAACUUGGUGGACUCGCCUGACUCACUGCUCAAGUUUCUGGCUAAUCUCCUGGUCACUGAUCUGGGCUCCGUCCUCCUCUGCUACAGUCAGUUGCAGAGAGCAGUGGAUCUCAUCCUGCCUUCUUCCCCUUUCCAAGCCGCUGUUUGCAGAUCAGAGGUCAGUCAGGCUCCCGCUGAUGUUGACCAUCUUUUAUUGACGUCAUUGACGCCCGGUGAAAACCAGCUGGAAACUCCGCCCUGACACCACAGGCAAGUGUGAAUGUGGCGGGCCGAAAUGUCUUUUUGCUUACUCAUAAGUUAAUCACAGCAUUUAGAUCACUUAUGGGGGUUGACACAGGUUGAAGAUGUGGUGCAAAUGUUGCAGAUUGUUUUGAGGUACUUUCAAAGUUACCGCAGAAGUUUCCAAACACUCAUUCGUUGUUGCCCAUUUACAUUGGUAUGCCUUUCUUACACCACACACUUGGGACUCAAAGCUAGCCAUAACUACUCGAGUUUCAAAUGUUUUAGAUUGCAUCCAUGUCCCAUGUUUGGAAUCUAAAUCGACAGUAAACGUGUUUGGCUUCAACGUCAAUGUUACCGUAAAUGUGUUCAAGCUCUGCGUUAAAUAAAAUAAUUGCAUGUAAAUGACUGACAACAUGAGGCAGCACUUGCUUACUUUUUAUUUUCUUUUAUUGAUGCACUCAUCCCAGUCACAAGAGUGUCAUACCAGGCGAUAACUUUGGCACGUGGAAGAAAAAUCGAGUUCUCAACAAAAGGACCUAAGCGAACAUGAAAUUGUACCAAAGAAAUAUGAACACUUGCUUUUAUGAACACUGCUCUUUACAUUCUUGAAAUGACAAAA